GAGCUUCCGGGGACUGUAGCUGGAGCGGAGGAAGAGCAGGAUCAGCUGAACUACAGAAGAAAUUAAAAUAUUUUCCUGAAAUUCAUCACCAACAACCAGGAUAUUUAACUAAGAGCAAAGUUAAACUGCUGAAAGAGGUGAAGCACAAGCCGUCCUGAAGAAUCUCCAGAACACGCAGAAAUUGUUUGCUACAUUUAAAAGACAAAUGAAGCCAAGUCCCGACAUGGAGAAACAUCAGCACUCUGUCAAGAGUUUUACUAAACAGAGUGAUCUCAAAAAACACCAGCGCAUUCACACAGGAGAGAGACCACAUCACUGCUCAGACUGUGGGAAGAGUUUUACUAAACAGAGUAAUCUCAAAAGUCACCAGCGCAUUCACACAGGAGUAAAACCAUAUUACUGCUCAGACUGUGGGAAGAGCUUUAAUCGACUGGAGACUGUCAAACGGCAUCAGCACAUUCACACAGAAGAGAAACCAUAUCACUGCUCAGACUGUAGGAAGAGUUUUAUUACACAGAGUAAACUUAAAAUACAUCAGCGCAUUCACACAGGAGAGAAACCUUAUUACUGCUCAGACUGUGGGAAGAGCUUUAUUACACAGAGUACUCUCAAAAUACACCAGCGCAUUCACACAGGAGAGAAACCAUAUCACUGCUCAGACUGUAGGAAGAGUUUUAUUACACAGAGUACUCUCAAAAUACACCAGCGCAUUCACACAGGAGAGAAACCUUAUUACUGCUCAGACUGUGGGAAGAGCUUUAAUCGACUGGAGACUGUCAAACGGCAUCAGCGCAUUCACACAGGAGAGAAACCGCAUCACUGCUCGGACUGUGGGAAGAGUUUUACUGAACAGAGUGCUCUCAAAAUACACCAGCGCAUUCACACAGGAGAGAAACCGCAUCACUGCUCGGACUGUGGGAAGAGUUUUAAUCAACAGAGUGCUCUCAAAAUACACCAGCGCAUUCACACAGGAGAGAAACCGCAUCACUGCUCGGACUGUGGGAAGAGUUUUACUGAACAGAGUAAUCUCAAACUGCAUCAGCGCAUUCACACAGGAGAGAAACCGUAUCACUGUUCAGACUGUAGGAAGAGUUUUACUACACAGAUUAAUCUCAAAAUACACCAGCGCAUUCACACAGGAGAGAAACCGUAUCACUGCUCAGACUGUGGGAGGAGUUUUAAUCAACAGAGUAAUCUCCAACGACACCAGCGCAUUCACACAGGAGAGAAACCGUAUCACUGCUCAGACUGUGGGAAGAGUUUUACUACACAGAGUAAACUCAAAAUACAUCAGCACAUUCACACAGGAGAGAAACCGUAUCACUGCUCAGACUGUGGGAAGAGUUUUACUACACAGAGUGAUCUCAAAAAACACCAGCGCAUUCACACAGGAGAGAAACCGUAUUACUGUUUCGACUGUGGGAAGAGUUUUACUCAACAGAGUGAUCUCAAAAUACAUCAGCGCAUUCACACAGGAGAGAAACCGUAUUACUGCUCAGACUGUGGGAAGUGUUUUACUACACAGAGUAAACUCAAAAUACAUCAGCGCAUUCACACAGGAGAGAAACCGUAUCAAUGCCCAGACUGUGGGGGGAGUUUUAAUCGACAGAGUACUCUCAAAAAACACCAGCACAUUCACACUGGAGAGAAACCGUAUCACUGCUCAGACUGUGGGAGGAGUUUUAAUCGACAGAGUACUCUCAAAAGUCACCAGCGCAUUCACACAGGAGAGAAACCAUAUCACUGCUCAGACUGUGGGAAGAGUUUUACUACCCAGAGUGAUCUCAAAAUACACCAGCGCAUUCACACAGGAGAGAAACCAUAUCACUGCUCAGACUGUGGGAAGAGUUUUACUACACAGAGUCAUCUCAAAAAACACCAGCGCAUUCACACAGGAGAGAAAAAUGUCCCAAAUUUGUCCCAUGGCAAUUAAAAGCGCAAAUCAUAAAUUCCACCAGAAACAAAUAUGAACUGUAUUUAACAAUGGAUUUUACAGGUUCAGCAAAACUAUUCUUAUCCAGGGAUGAUGUGUAUAGAAUUCCAUGUUAUGUUUGUAUGUCUUGUAAGUUUGAAUAUUCCAGGACAUUCUUUGUGAGACAGAGCUCAGUUUUUAGGUUAGUUACUGUUGCGCAGUAAGGUUACAGGCUCAUUCACUCCCUCUGCUGGUGUUCUUGUUUGUCUAUGGUUCAGUCCAAUUAAAAAUCUGUUACUAUAGAGGGAUAUAGAGGGAUAUUUGGUUGUGUUGUAUUACUCAAGUUUUAUACUCUCUUAUCUUUUCCUUAUUGAAUAUUAAAUGUUGCUUAUGUUUUUUUUAAUCUCCAAAGUUACUAAGAAUAUCCAAAUAAUGUAGUUUCUUAAUUGUUUUUAUCCAGUACAAACUAUUAUCUUUGUAUUACUUCACCUCUGUAUUUACCCAUGUGUGUUUUUAAUAAACGGCUCUUAUAUUGCA